AAUAGUGAUGAUUGAAGAUGCUGCUUCAAUACAUGUGAAAUCAAUGGGAGAUACUUGCUGCCUGAAGAGCUUUCUGAGCUUUUCUUGACAAGCUUGCCUUUAAGAAAUUGGAGGCGUAUUCUACCACUAUACAGUCUUUCUCAAGUGGAUACAAAUAACGUUUGCCUCACUGUAACCAGACAACUAGACAACUAAUGUGGGACCAUGGCACUGCCCAGAUGCACAUGGCCAAAUUAUGUUUGGAGAGCAGUAAUGGCAUGCUUGGUACACAAGGGAUUGGGUGCCUCAUUGACUCUCUGUGUGUUGGGAUGUUUGCUUCAGGCUGCCCAUGUGAUCUCACAAAAAUUGGAUGAUGUGGACCCAUUGGUGACUACCAACUUUGGCAAGAUAAGAGGGAUUAAGAAAGAACUCAAUAAUGAAAUUUUGGGGCCUGUUAUUCAGUUUCUUGGAGUUCCAUAUGCAGCCCCACCAACAGGAGAGCAUCGUUUUCAACCUCCAGAACCACCAUCUCCCUGGGCAGAUGUCAGGAAUGCCACUCAGUUUGCUCCUGUAUGUCCCCAGAAUAUCAUUGAUGGCAGGUUGCCAGAAGUCAUGCUUCCUGUGUGGUUUACUAAUAACUUGGAUGUGGUUUCUUCCUAUGUACAAGACCAGAGUGAAGACUGCCUAUACUUAAACAUAUAUGUCCCAACUGAGGAUGUAAAAAGAAUAUCCAAGGAAUGUGCCAGAAAACCCGGCAAGAAAAUAUGUAGAAAAGGAGGUCCCCUUACAAAGAAACAGGCAGAUGAUUUAGGUGAUAAUGACGGUGCUGAAGAUGAAGAUAUUCGGGACAGUGGGGGUCCUAAACCAGUGAUGGUGUAUAUCCAUGGUGGCUCAUAUAUGGAAGGUACUGGAAAUUUAUAUGAUGGGAGUGUCUUGGCAAGUUAUGGCAACGUGAUCAUCAUCACAGUCAACUAUCGACUUGGGGUACUUGGUUUCUUAAGUACAGGGGAUCAGGCUGCAAAAGGCAACUAUGGACUUCUUGAUCUCAUACAGGCUCUAAGGUGGACUAGUGAAAACAUUGGAUUCUUUGGUGGUGACCCCUUAAGGAUCACUGUUUUUGGAUCCGGCGCUGGGGGUUCAUGUGUCAAUCUGCUGACUUUAUCCCAUUAUUCUGAAGGACUUUUUCAACGAGCAAUAGCUCAAAGUGGAACAGCCCUUUCCAGCUGGGCUGUUAGUUUCCAACCUGCAAAAUAUGCUAGAAUGUUGGCCACAAAAGUUGGUUGCAAUGUUUCAGAUACAGUAGAGUUAGUGGAAUGCCUACAGAAGAAGCCUUAUAAAGAACUCGUUGACCAAGAUAUUCAACCAGCGCGAUACCACAUAGCCUUUGGACCUGUGAUUGAUGGUGAUGUAAUACCAGAUGACCCACAGAUACUGAUGGAGCAAGGAGAGUUUCUCAACUAUGAUAUAAUGUUAGGAGUUAACCAGGGGGAAGGGUUAAAGUUUGUUGAAAAUAUAGUAGAUAGUGAUGAUGGUAUUUCAGCUAGUGAUUUUGACUUUGCUGUGUCCAAUUUUGUUGAUAAUUUAUAUGGAUAUCCUGAAGGCAAAGAUGUUUUGAGAGAAACCAUUAAAUUCAUGUAUACUGACUGGGCUGACCGCCACAACCCUGAAACCAGAAGGAAGACAUUAUUGGCUUUGUUUACAGACCAUCAGUGGGUGGCACCAGCUGUAGCUACAGCAGAUCUUCACUCAAACUUUGGUUCACCUACAUACUUCUAUGCCUUUUACCAUCAUUGCCAAACAGAUCAGGUUCCAGCCUGGGCUGAUGCAGCCCACGGAGAUGAGGUUCCUUAUGUGUUGGGAAUUCCUAUGAUUGGCCCUACAGAGUUAUUUCCUUGCAAUUUCUCCAAAAAUGACGUGAUGCUAAGUGCAGUGGUAAUGACAUACUGGACCAAUUUUGCUAAAACUGGUGACCCAAAUCAACCUGUCCCUCAAGAUACGAAAUUUAUUCAUACCAAACCCAACCGCUUUGAAGAAGUAGCAUGGACCAGAUAUUCCCAGAAAGACCAACUUUAUCUCCAUAUUGGAUUAAAACCAAGAGUUAAAGAACAUUACAGAGCCAAUAAGGUUAACCUCUGGUUGGAGCUGGUACCUCAUUUACAUAAUCUCAAUGACAUUUCUCAGUAUACCUCGACAACAACUAAAGUGCCAUCAACCGACAUCACUUUCAGACCUACGAGAAAAAAUUCUGUACCUGUCACAUCAGCCUUUCCCACUGCCAAGCAGGAUGACCCCAAGCAACAACCAAGUCCAUUUUCAGUGGAUCAAAGGGACUACUCAACAGAGCUAAGUGUCACUAUUGCAGUUGGAGCAUCACUGCUGUUUCUGAACAUCUUGGCCUUUGCAGCCCUUUACUACAAAAAGGAUAAGAGGAGACAUGAUGUUCACAGGAGAUGCAGCCCUCAGCGCACUACUACCAAUGAUCUGACCCAUGCACAAGAAGAGGAGAUCAUGUCCCUUCAAAUGAAGCACACUGAUUUGGAUCAUGAAUGUGAGUCCAUCCAUCCACAUGAGGUGGUUCUUCGGACCGCCUGCCCCCCAGAUUACACACUAGCUAUGAGGAGGUCACCUGACGAUGUUCCCUUAAUGACACCCAACACCAUUACAAUGAUUCCCAACACUAUACCAGGGAUUCAGCCCUUACACACAUUCAAUACAUUUACUGGAGGACAGAACAAUACUCUGCCCCACCCCCACCCACACCCCCAUUCACAUUCAACAACCAGGGUAUAG